AGUCCUGCCUCUUGAGUAACCUCUUGACAUACUUCUCCCCUCUCCGGAGAGCUUUCUUCAAGUCAUUUCCCCCUCACUGCGUCAACGUUCACUGAUGGCGAUUGAAGAUUACAAACAAUUCGUAUUCGCUUUCUUAGCCGCCGUUUCUUUCGGUUUGAUCUCUAUCAUAUUUGUGUUGACCUGGGUACUCCACUACAGAGAAGGGUUGGCGUGGGAUGGAGGAGCGUCUGAGUUCAACUGGCACCCGGUUCUGAUCGUCGUGGGAUUCGUGUUCCUGCAGGGAAUAGCUAUUAUUGUGUACCGACUGCCAUGGACUUGGAAAUGCAGCAAACUGAUCAUGAAGUUUGCUCAUGCAGGCCUUCAUCUGCUGGCUUUCAUACUGGCCGUUAUCGCGUUUGUAGCAGUAUUUGACUUUCAUAAUGCUGCCAAGAUUCCAAACAUGUACAGUCUGCACAGCUGGUUGGGACUCUCUGCUCUACUACUGUACUCCUUGCAGCUCGUUCUUGGAAUAGGUCUAUACCUCAUCCCUGUUGCACCUGUGCAAUGGAGAGCGGCGUUCAUGCCCCUUCACGUCUACAGCGGGCUGUUCAUCUUCACGGCCGUCAUCGCCACAGCCCUCAUGGGCCUCACGGAGAAACUCAUCUUCGCCCUGAACAACCCAAAGUAUAAGGACUCCCCCCCCGAGGGCACGUUCGUGAACGUCCUGGGACUCCUGCUCGUGGCGUUCGGGGCGCUCAUCCUGUGGAUCGCCACGCGACCCCACUGGAAGCGGCCCAGCGAGCAGGCCCUGCUCUCCCUGCUGUCCUCCUCCUCCGAGGACCCCGCCCAGGGCCCGGCGGGGGGCCCCGCGCCGCUCCGGCCCGCGGACGGGCUCGCAGGCGAGGGGGCCGAAGACCUGCGGAGGAGGAGUACCAAGCAAAGUGAUAUGGAUGAUUGAGAAGCGGCUCGGAAGUCGGUUCAUUCACUGUGAUUCACAACUGAUGUAUGAUUGAGAAGUGGCUUGGAACCAAUUAAUUCAGUGAUUCACAAGUGAUUUGGAGGAUUGAGAAGUGGCUUGGAACCAAUUCAUUCACUGUGAUUCACAAUUGAUAUGGAAUGCUUGAGAAGUAGCUUUGAAGUCAGUUAAUUCACUGAGAAUCACCAGUGAUAUGGAAUGCUUGAGAAGUAGCUUUGAAGUCAGUUCAUUUACUGUGAAUCACCAGUGAUAUGGAUGAUUGAGGAGUGGCUUAGAAGUCAGUUCAUUCACUGUGAUUCACAAGUGAUAUGUAUGAUUUAGAAGUGGCUUUGAAGUCAAUUCAUUCACUGUGAUUCACAAGUGAUUUGUAUGAUUUAGAAGUGGCUGUGAAGUCAAUUCAUUCACUGUGUUUCACAAGUGAUUUGGAUGAAUGGGAAUAGGUUUCGAAGUGACCCAAGCAUUCACUGUGAUUCCCAAGGCGUUACUACUGAUUAAGAUUCUGAUUGUCUUGAUACAUGACUCAUUCCUUGCAGUGGCAGGUUUCUUACAAUGGGCCUUUGUUCCACUCUAUGUAGGAACCCUACUUCUUAGUAGAACCUAGAAUUAUUUAUUCUUAUUUAGAAACAACUAACAAAUAUAUAUUGUAAUAUAGCUUAUGCCAUUUUCAUGACUCAUGCUAUUUGAAUAUUCUAACUGAAAAGUUGUUUCCACUAUUUUCCCAGAGUUUUUUUAUAAUAUUUUUUUUACAAUUAACAUGUAAUGUAAACAAUAAAGUAUUAGUUUUCUAUUGAAUCGCUCAGUAUUUGCCAUGGAAGGAGUAUAGCAAUUUCUCACACAUUAAAAUAAGCAAAUUAUUUAUAGGCAACCCUGGAUUUAUGAACACACC